CCUUCGUUAGGCGAUUUGAAAUGUUUUAACAAUAGCGCAAAGAGCACAUCUUUAUAGAAACGCGGCUACGGUGUCCUACGAGGCGCAGUCCUCUUUCGUUAGGCGAUUUAGAUUCUUUAGGUGGCCUCUGUUAGUUAAGAUGGGAGAUAUGAUUUUCGAAGAACUGGAAGAUUUGGUGCAUUUCUCCGUCCACGACCUGCCUAAUCGGGGCUACGCGGUGAUGGAGGAGAUCAGACGACAGGGGAAACUCUGCGAUGUCACUCUGAAGGUCGGAGACCACAAGUUCAGCGCCCACAGGAUCGUCCUGGCCGCUUCCAUCCCGUACUUCCACGCCAUGUUCACCAACGACAUGGUGGAGUGCAAGCAGGAUGAGAUCACCAUGCAGGGCAUGGACCCCAGUGCACUCGAGGCCCUGAUUAACUUCGCUUAUAACGGUCAUGUGGCCAUCGACCAGCAGAACGUGCAGUCUCUUCUGAUCGGUGCCAGUUUCCUGCAGCUGCAAAAUGUAAAGGACGCAUGCUGCUCCUUCCUGCGCGAGAGGCUGCAUCCCAAGAACUGUCUGGGGGUGCGGCAGUUUGCGGAGACCAUGAUGUGCACCACGCUGUACGACACAGCCAACAGCUUCGUACACCAGCACUUUGUGGAUGUCUCCAUGUCGGAGGAGUUCCUGGCUCUGCAGGCGGAGGAACUGCUUGAGCUGGUUGGCUGUGAUGAGCUCAACGUCAAGGCCGAGGAACAGGUGUUCGAGGCAGUCCUGGCAUGGGUCCGGCACGAACAAGAUCUGCGCGGCUCGCUCCUCCCAGAGUUACUCGCCAAGACUCGGCUGCCGCUGUGCCGGCCCCAGUUCUUGGCCGACCGUGUGCAGCAGGACGACCUGGUGCGAUGCUGCCACAAGUGCAGAGACCUGGUAGACGAAGCCAAAGAUUACCAUCUGAUGCCAGAGCGACGUCCCCACCUGCCAGCCUUCAAGACACGGCAACGAUGCUGCACCUCCAUCGCAGGACUCAUCUAUGCAGUGGGGGGAUUGAACAGUGCAGGCGACUCUCUAAAUGUGGUAGAGAUGUUUGACCCGAUUGGGAACUUUUGGGAGCGCUGUCAGCCAAUGAGCACGACCCGAAGUCGAGUGGGCGUGGCAGUGGUCAACGGACUUCUGUACGCCAUUGGGGGAUACGAUGGCCAAUCACGGCUUAGCACCGUCGAGGUUUACAACCCAGAGACGGAUACUUGGACCCAGGUGGCCAGCAUGAACAGCAAACGCAGUGCGAUGGGCACCGUGGUGGUGGACGGACUCGUCUAUGUGUGUGGAGGUUACGACGGCAAGUCGUCCCUCAGCUCUGUGGAGUGCUAUUCUCCCGAAGCUGACAGGUGGACAGUCGUGACGGAGAUGACGGCGAGUCGUAGUGCAGCUGGGGUCACGGUGUUUGACGGGAGAAUUUUUGUUUCAGGCGGUCAUGAUGGUCUUCAGAUCUUCAACACGGUGGAGUACUACAACCAGCACACGGCCCUGUGGCACCCGGUGACGGGAAUGAUGAACAAACGGUGUCGCCAUGGCGCCGCAGCCCUCGGCAGCCAGCUCUACAUUGUGGGAGGAUACGACGGUUCGGGAUUCUUGAGCAGCGCGGAGGUGUAUAGCUCUGUGGCAGACCAGUGGAGCCAUCUAGUGGCCAUGAACACACGCCGCAGCAGGGUCUCAUUGGUAGCCAGCUGCGGCCGGUUGUAUGCUGUGGGCGGCUACGACGGACAGUCUAAUCUCAGUUCGGUGGAGAUGUACGACCCAGAGACGAACCGUUGGUCUUACAUGGCUCCUAUGAUAUGUCAUGAGGGUGGGGUGGGAGUUGGGUGUAUACCCCUCCAACCAGCCUAGCCCUACGCAAGCGUACUGUCCUUUCUUAAAUUUUUCUUUUUUACUAUGUUUUCCUUUUUAUUGUCUGGUAAAUUCACUUCUGGACUUUCCUGGAGGUCAACGUAAUUAAUAAUGUAUCUAUCUGAUCGGCCUGCCCUCCUUCCUCGAGAGGAAGAAAUAAUUUUGGUGCUGAUUGGGCAGGUUAUAUUUCCGUCGGCGUCUCUGAGUCGCGUGUCACGUCUGCAUGGGUUUGAAGACGGUUUUCAGGGCAGACGAAGAACUGAAGCUGUCCCUCAAGGCUGUGUGUGGAAGACGGGAGCCCAAGCGUGCGCUGAAACAGGAUCUGGAGAUGAGCUCCUCAUCAUCUCAGACCUCCCUCAGAUGGAGGGGGGGGGGAGAUGAGGGCGUUUGGUCCUCAGGGUGCUGGGAAUGACACCAGGGACCCCAUGAUGGCGCCGACGGAUGAUCAGCUGCUGAUGAGAGGAGGUGUCGCUCAUGAACUGGGAGCAAAGAUUUGGGAUAAAGUGGUACUACUGCACCAAGGAGACCAGCGAUAGGCUGACUGGUGCUGGGAGGAACAUGGGAUCAAUUAAAGACUUGUAUGGUGAUUAUGACCACAGCAAAUGUUGGAUUGAACAUUGAAGCAGAAUCAUCGUUUAUCAUAUGUAAAGGGUGCAUGUGGUGGAGGUUCUGCAAACGGCGGCUUUUGUUGGAGUUUGAAACUGACAUGCAAGGCAGUGUGCUGAUGUAUGUACAGGACAUUCGCCUUGCUUUGCUCAGGUCCUGGAGCUGAGGAUGAGAAUUAGACCCAAACUUCCAGCACUUUUGUUUUCUUAGAUAGCCUUUUUGCCGUCACAUAUCUUCUGAUCAUUCCAGGACCAAAGUGCACUCCCGCUACUUGUAUCAAAUGCCUCUAGUUGUCAGUUUACAGACAUACAAGUGUUGCGAUAAUGUUGCUGUUUUGCUUGCUUAUCUAAUGAUUGUCGAGGCGGGGAAGCCUGUAUAGUGAAAAUUACACUCCGAGCUUGGGACUGUCAGUCUCCUUGUGUACAUACAACUCUGUGUCUCUCUGCUGCACAGUAUGUUGCAUAUUUCACAUGAGUUAUAACUGCUGUGACUUUAGAAUAUUGAUUCUGCUGUCAUUUCUGAUUUUUUUUGGUUUAAUUUCUCUAUAGGCAUCAUGAUUGCAGUAUUUUUACAUUAAGAUUUGGUACUGUACCUCAGAUUGUAUUUAUUUACCUUAAUAUUUCAACUCUGGUUGCUGUUGUGGUGCCUAACCCUGCAAAUGGAUUUUUACGUCGCUAUAAUUCCGAUAUGAAUCUGAAUGUUGGAUGAACGGUGGGUUCCUUCUUGCCCCACCCAAGUCUGUGUACCUACCUCCGAUAAAGAGCCUGCUCUUCCUUUCCAGGUUCUUCUCAUUAAAGAGUGAGAAAUGUG